AUGCUCCCUUCUCUAAAGAACAAACAAGAGACCUCUACCAAGCCAGAAGACUCUGCUUCAGAGAAAACAGAGAAGAGUGAGAAUAAAGAAUCUGGCAAAUAAAAGAAAAAGUGAAGACCCAACUGAUAAAGCAGUUAAACGGCAAAAGACAGGAAAUGCCUCUACUUUUCUUAACAAAAGAUCUUAUGAACUCCACUCAGAUAAAAGAUAUUCUGAUCUAGGAGGAAUCAACGAUAUUAUUGAAGAAAUAAAGAUGUUAGUAGAGUUCCCACUCAAGCAUCCUGAGAUCUUUAAGCAUUUAGGAGUUGACCCUCCCAGAGGAAUCCUUCUAUGAGGACAACCUGGAAGUGGAAAAACUGCUUUAGCACACUCUAUUUGUGGUGAAAUGGGUGUCCCAUUUUACAAAAUAUCAGGCCCAGAGCUAGUAUCCUCUCUUUCAGGUGAAUCAGAGCAGAAUAUUAGAGAUAUCUUCCAAGAAGUGGAAGAAAAUGCUCCUGCAAUCCUCUUCAUUGAUGAGAUUGACAGCAUUUCAGGAAAAAGAGAGAACAGUCAGAAAGACCUUGAGAAAAGGAUUGUAGCGCAGUUGAUUUCGAGUAUUGAUGAGUUCCAAAAUAAGGACAAGACCGUUGUAAUUAUAGGAGCGACAAGUAGACCUGAAUACAUGGAUACCUCCUUAAGAAGAGCAGGAAGGUUUGAUAGAGAGUUGACCCUCAAAGUUCCACAGGAAGAAGGAAGACUCGAAAUUCUGUAUGCCCUGACAAAAGGAAUGAAGAUAGCUCACAAAGAUGAUUUCUUUAAGGAGCUUUCAAGACUCACACCUGGAUAUGUCCCUGCUGAUCUAUUCACUCUUUGUAAAGAAGCUUCAAUAAGUGCUAUUUCAAGAAUUUAUGAAGAAUUUUAUCAAGAAAAGGAACAAAAAGAAAUUGAAACAAAGGAAGAAGAGAAAGAAGAGCAUCUUCCAACAGAAAUUAAAGAUGAAAUUUCCAGGCUAUCUCAAAUGGCUGACAACUCAAAUGAAGAACAGCAGGAAAAUCAAGAAGAAACAGACAAAGCUGAGAUCGAUCAAAGGCUUAAAGAUGUUAGCAUUGUAGAAGAAGAUUUCAAGAAAGCUCUUAAGAAGGUUCAACCUACUGCUCAGAGAGAAGGAUUCACAACAAUUCCUAAUGUUUCAUGGGAAGAUGUUGGCGCACUUUCAAAAAUUAGAUCUGAGCUCCAAGUGAGUAUUGUUGAUCCCAUCAGAAAGCCAGAGAUUUACCAAAAAGUUGGUCUGACUGCUCCUGCAGGAGUGCUCCUUUUUGGGCCUCCUGGUUGUGGUAAAACUCUUGUUGCAAAAGCAGUGUCAAAUGAAUCAAAGGCAAAUUUCAUUUCCAUUAAAGGUCCAGAACUCCUUAACAAAUAUGUUGGUGAAUCUGAAAGAGCAGUGAGGCAAUUAUUUGCUAGGGCAAGAGCUUCAUCCCCAUGAGUCAUCUUCUUUGAUGAAUUAGAUGCUCUCUGUCCAAAAAGAGGCUCAGGAGAUAAUGUAGCCACAGAAAGAGUCGUUAAUCAGCUCCUAACAGAAAUGGAUGGAUUAGACGAAAGAAGAAAUGUGUUUGUAAUCGCAGCUACCAAUAGACCAGACAUCAUCGAUAAAGCAAUGCUUAGACCUGGCCGUUUGGACAAGCUACUUUACGUACCUCUCCCUACUGAGAAAGAUAGAUUUAGCAUUCUCAAGACUCUCUGUAGAGAUAAACCAAUUUCCACAGAUGUUAAAUUAAAAAGCAUUGUGAAAUCAGAAAGAUGCAAUGGUUACUCUGGUGCUGACCUCGCAAUGCUCGUCAGAGAAGCAUCAGUUAUCGCUAUUCAAGGUUACUCAGAUGCAGAAAGUCUAGAAUUAAAACAAGAGGAUUUUGUAAAGGCUCUCAAGAAAGUAUUCCCAUCAGUCAGCAAGCAGGAUGAAGAGUCUUAUUCAAAGCUGAAGAGCUCACUCAAAAAGGCAAGAGCCCAUAUUGACAAUUAA